AGUGCUCUCAAAUGUGUCAGAAGAAACAGUGUCUCCCACCCGAGCACGGAACAUGAAGGACUUUGAAAAUCAAAUCACUGAAUUGAAGAAAGAAAACUUUAACCUAAAGCUGCGCAUCUAUUUCCUUGAGGAAAGAAUGCAACAGGAAUUUCAUGGCCCCACCGAACAUAUCUACAAAACUAACAUUGAGCUCAAGGUGGAAGUAGAAAGUCUGAAGCGGGAACUCCAGGAGAGAGAGCGGCUGCUCAUCAAAGCCUCCAAAGCAGUUGAGAGCUUAGCUGAAGCUGGUGGCUCUGAAAUCCAGCGGGUAAAAGAAGAUGCUCGAAAGAAGGUGCAGCAGGUGGAAGAUCUCCUAACCAAAAGAAUACUCCUUUUAGAAAAGGAUGUGAAAGCCGCCCAAGCAGAACUGGAAAAGGCCUUUGCAGGGACAGAAACGGAGAAGGCUCUUCGGUUGAGUUUGGAAAGCAAGCUUUCAGAGAUGAAGAAGAUGCACAAGGGGGACUUGGCAAUGGCUCUGGUCCUGGAUGAGAAAGACAGACUGAUUGAGGAGUUGAAGCUGUCUUUGAAGAGCAAAGAAGCUUUAAUUCAGUGCCUUAAAGAGGAGAAAUCUCAGAUGGCAUCUCCUGAUGAGAAUGUGUCAUCUGGAGAGCUCCGAGGACUUUGUGCUGCUCCAAGGGAAGAAAAGGAGAGAGAAACUGAGGCUGCACAAAUGGAGCAUCAGAAGGAGAGAAACAGCUUUGAAGAGAGGAUCCAGGCACUUGAGGAGGACCUGAGAGAGAAGGAAAGAGAAAUUGCUACAGAGAAGAAAAAUAGUUUAAAGAGGGAUAAAGCCAUUCAGGGUUUAACCAUGGCAUUAAAAUCAAAGGAAAAAAAGGUUGAAGAACUUAACUCUGAAAUUGAAAAGCUCAGUGCUGCCUUUGCUAAAGCCAGAGAGGCCCUGCAGAAAGCACAGACCCAGGAAUUCCAGGGGUCUGAAGACUAUGAGGCUGCUCUAUCAGGAAAGGAAGCCCUUUUGGCUGAGCUGCGCUCACAAAACCUCACCAAGAGUGCAGAGAACCACAGACUGCGUAGAAGCAUUAAGAAGAUCACCCAGGAGCUGAGUGACUUGCAGCAGGAGAGGGAGAGACUGGAGAAGGACCUGGAGGAAGCCCAUCGAGAGAAGAGCAGAGGAGAUUGCACCAUCCGUGAUCUUAGAAAUGAGGUUGAAAAAUUACGCAAUGAAGUGAAUGAAAGAGAGAAAGCAAUGGAAAAUCGUUACAAGAAUCUUUUGAGUGAAAGCAGUAAAAAAUUGCACAAUCAAGAGCAAGUGAUCAAACAUCUAACAGAAAGUACCAAUCACAAGGACAUGUUACUUCAGAAAUUCAAUGAAAAAGAUCUGGAAGUAAUACAACAGAACCGCUAUUUAAUGACUGCAGAGGAUCUCGAGCUCAGGAGUGAAGGCUUAAUAACAGAAAAGUGCCCUUCUCAACAGUCACCAGGCAGCAAAACCAUCUUCUCUAAGGAAGAGAAACAAUCAUCAGACUAUCAAGAGCUGAUUCAGGUCUUAAAGAAAGAGCAGGACAUCUAUACCCAACUGGUCAAAUCUCUGCAGGAAUCAGACAGUAUCAACAACCUGCAGGCUGAGUUAAACAACAUUUUUGCCCUGCGGAAGCAACUGGAGCGGGAUGUGCUUUCAUAUCAGAAUUUGCGGAAGACCUUGGAGGAGCAGAUCAGCGAAAUUCGGAGGCGGGAAGAAGAAUCAUUUUCAUUUUAUAGUGAUCAAACAUCUUAUCUAAGUAUUUGCCUUGAAGAAAACAAUCGGUUUCAAGUGGAACAUUUUUCUCAAGAAGAACUUAAGAAAAAGGUCAGUGACCUCAUACAGCUAGUGAAGGAGCUGUAUACAGACAACCAGCAUCUGAAGAAAACCAUUUUUGAUCUCUCCUGCAUGGGUUUCCAGGGAAAUGGGUUUCCAGAUAGACUUGUGUCUACAGAACAAACAGAGCUUAUGGCUAGCAAGGAGGAUGAGGACACGAUCAAAAUUGGAGAGGAUGACGAGAAUAACUUCCUGAGUGACCAGCAUUUGCAGCAGAGUAAUGAGAUUAUGAAAGACCUUUCCAAAGGAGGCUGCAAAAAUGGAUACUUACGGCACACGGAACCUAAGAUUUUAGAAUCCGAUGGGGCCCACGCACCUGGCUGCCUAGAAGAAGGCGUGUUCAUAAACCUGCUUGCCCCUUUGUUCAAUGAGAAGGCCACGUUGUUACUGGAAUCCAGGCCAGACCUUCUGAAAGUGGUACGGGAACUGCUUCUGGGACAUCUGUGCUUGGCAGAGCAGGACGUUUCUGGAGAACACCUUGGUGGUAAAACAGAGAAGACACCCAAGCAAAAAGGUGAACUUGUCCAUUUUGUCCAAACCAACUCAUUUUCCAAGCCACAUGAUGAACUGAAGUUGUCUUGUGAGGCCCAGCUAGUAAAGGCAGGCGAAGUGCCCAAGGUGGAGCUGAAAGAUGCCUCAGUGCAGACUGUGGCCACGGAGGGCGACCUGCUCAGAUCCAAGCACGAAGCAGUGAGAGAGGCUUGGGAAGAGAAACCGAUCAACACUGCACUCAGAGCAGAGCAUCGGCCAGAGAACCUGCACGGGGUGCCUGGGUGGCAGGCUGCCCUCCUUUCCCUCCCUGGUGGGACCAAUAGAGAGGCUAAGAAGUCCCGCUUGCCAAUCCUAAUAAAACCAUCCCAGUCAUUAAGAAAUACGUAUCGUCUCCCUGCCACCCAGGAAGUGGUGAUGCAGCUGCAGAGCCAGAUCUUGGAGCUGCAGGGGGAGCUGAAGGAGUUUAAAACUUGUAAUAAGCAACUUCACCAAAAGUUAAUUCUGGCUGAAGCAAUGAUGGAGGGGAGGCCAGCGCCCGACAAAAUGUUGCUGAAUGGCUCUGAGAUUUGCCCACCUGAUGACCUUGCCAGCUUGCCAUCAUGCAAAGAAAAUCCUGAAGAUGCUCUGAGCCCAACUUCAGUAGCUACUUACUUGAGUUCCAAGAGUCAGCCUUCUGCUAAAGUCAGUGUGAUGGGGACUGAUCAGUCAGAGAGCACUGAUACCUCAAAUGAGACAGAAUACUUAAAACAGAAAAUCCAUGACUUGGAAACUGAGCUGGAAGGCUACCAGAAUUUCAUAUUUCAGCUUCAAAAGCACUCCCAGUGCAGUGAGGCCAUUAUUACAGUUUUGUGUGGGACGGAAGGGGCCCAGGAUGGCUUGAGCAAGCCCAAGAGUAGUUCUGAUGAGGAAGAAAUGGCCUUUUCAGGUUUGCACCAAGUACGAUAUGUGAAACACAUGAAAAUCCUCCAUCCGCUGGCCCCAGAGAUGAUUGAUGGCAGGAUGCUAGAGAACCUCAAACAGCAGCUGGAGGAACAGGAAUAUGAGCUGCAGAAGGAGCAGAAUUUGAACAUGGAACUUUUCAGUGAGAUCCAUAAUCUGCAGAAUAAGUUCAGAGAUCUCUCACCUUCCAGAUACGAUUCAUUAGUUCAGUCCCAAGCCAGGGAGCUCUCCCUUCAACGGCAGCAGAUUAAAGAUGGCCAUGGCAUCUGUGUCAUCUCCCGUCAACACAUGAACACCAUGAUUAAGGCAUUUGAGGAGUUGCUGCAGGCCAGCGACGUGGAUUACUGCGUGGCCGAGGGUUUCCAGGAACAGCUGAAUCAAUGUGCUGAGCUGCUGGAGAAAUUGGAAAAGCUAUUUCUCAACGGAAAGUCAGUUGGAGUGAAAAUGAACACCCAGAAUGAACUGAUGGAGAGGAUUGAGGAAGACAACUUAACCUACCAACAUCUUCUACCUGAAUCUCCUGAGCCUUCAGCCUCUCAUGUGCUCUCUGAUUAUGAAACGUCUGAAAAGUCCUUCUCACAAGACCAGAAGCAAGAUAAUGAGACGGAGAAGACUUCAGUUAUGGUGAACAAUUUUUCUCAAGACUUACUAAUGGAACACAUACAGGAAAUUCGAACUUUGAGAAAGCGUUUAGAAGAAUCUAUUAAAACAAAUGAUAAGCUACGGAAACAGUUGGAACGGCAAGGAUCUGAAUUUGAUCAAGGUUCUACAAACAUUUUUGCUUCUGGUUCAGAACUUCAUAGUUCUCUAACAUCAGAAAUUCAUUUCUUGAGGAAGCAGAACCAGGCCCUCAAUGCAAUGCUCAUUAAAGCAUCCAGAGAUAAACAGAAAGAGAAUGACAAAUUACGAGAGUCCCUCUCCAGGAAGACCGCGAGCCUGGAGCACCUUCAGCGGGAGUAUGCCAGUGUGAAGGAAGAAAAUGAAAGGCUGCAGAAGGAAGGCAGUGAGAAGGAGAGACACAACCAGCAGCUGAUCCAGGAGGUCUGCCGCAGUGGCCAGGAGCUGAGCAGGGUGCAAGAGGAGGUGAAGUUGAGGCAGCAGCUGCUCUCACAGAAUGACAAGCUAUUGCAGUCCCUCCGAGUGGAGCUGAAGGCGUAUGAGAAGCUGGAUGAAGAGCACAGGAGACUGAGAGAGGCCUCGGGAGAAGGCUGGAAGGGGCAGGAUCCUUUCAGGGACCUGCGCAGCCUCCUGAUGGAGAUCCAGGCUCUGCGGUUGCAACUGGAAAGGAGCAUUGAAACCAGCAGCACUCUGCAGAGCAGCCUCGAGGAACAGCUGGCAAGGGGGGCAGAGAAAGCACAGGAAGGAGCCCUCACUCUGGCCAUCCAAGCCCUGUCCAUCCCUGAGGUGCCCCUUCAGCCUGACAAACACGAUGGUGACAAAGAUCCCAUGGAAAGUGAUAAUUCAUUUGAUCUGUUUGAUUCCUCCCAGGCAGUGACACCAAAAUCAGUUUCAGAGACUCUUCCACUCUCUGAGAAUGACACGGACUCCCUCUCCUGUGACAGUGGCAGCUCGGCAACUAGCACUCCGUGUGUGUCCCGCCUGGUCGCUGGCCACCGCCUGUGGGCCAGCAAGAACGGCCGCCACGUCCUGGGCCUGAUUGAGGACUAUGAGGCCCUGCUCAAACAGAUCGGCCAGGGACAGAGGCUCCUUGCCGAAAUGGACAUUCAAACCCAAGAGGCUCCCAGCUCCACAAGUCAAGAGCUGGGAACAAAGGGUCCACACCCAGCACCACUGAGCAAGUUUGUGAGCAGCGUGAGCACAGCCAAGCUGACCCUGGAAGAGGCCUCCAGGCGGCUGAAACUUCUCUGGAGAGUCUCAGUCUCCGAAGAUGGCCAGUGCCCCCUUCACUGUGAGCAGAUUGGAGAAAUGAAGGCAGAGGUCACCAAACUACAUAAAAAAUUGUUUGAACAAGAAAAGAAGUUGCAAAACACCAUGAAGCUUUUGCAGCUGAGCAAGCGCCAGGAAAAAGUCAUCUUUGAUCAGUUGGUCGUAACCCACAAAAUCCUUCGGAAGGCCAGAGGAAACCUGGAGCUUAGGCCCGGGGGAGCCCAUCCAGGAACAUGCAGUCCCAGCAGACCAGGCUCCUGAGAAGAACUUGCAGCCAAUAAAGCUUGUGCUUCCCCACUGAGCUCACGCUGUCUCUUUGUUCCAAGUGUGGUUCCUAUUUAUUGAGGAAGAAAGAGCUGUCUGGCCAAAGGAAAUCUUUUUUUUUCCCUUCAUGUUUUCUCUCUGAAAGUUGGCUUGAGAGUUGUUGUCAGAAAGGUGCGGGUGCUCCACAAACGGGUGGUAAAAAGGCCUCGAGCUCUUGGAUGUCGCAUUUCACAUCUGGGGCAGGCACCGGAACUGAGGCUGUGCGCCUUGGUGGGCUUCACGUCUUCCCCUGGAUUUGCUUAGUACUCAGCCAGUGCCGCAGUUUGAAGAUUCUCAUUAAAUGAUUCAUUUCAUUUCA